AUGGGUAUGUUCACCAUCGCGGUCACACCCAAACCUGCAGCUGGGGAGAGACAGACCCAGUUGAACCACAUCACCACUCCAGGACCAGCUCAGCUUCAACCCACUAAGGUACCAAACCCCGUUCAGGUGAUUCAUGUUAGGGAUAUAACGGACAGCGACCAAUUGGGGACAGAAACUGGCUAUGAAGGGAAAGAAAAUAUGUGGUUGGCAUACAUGAGGUAUACGGCUAGGACACUGGUCAGGCAGAAUUGUGUUAUCUGUGGGCAUGCAAGACCUGGGUUGGCAACCCACCCAUUCACCUUAGGAGAAGGGGAAGGAUGGCAGUGCAUAUUGGAAGAGUUCUACCAUUCACUGCCAAACACCACCCUGUGCAAAGCCCUAAGUUUGAUUUUCCCUGAGGUUCCCCCACAAAAGGCACCUGCGGGAGUUCAGGCUUAUGGAGGUAAUUACAGUUGCAUUACUGGAACAGGUAAGGGUGUUAACUAUGGUAGGCUACCACCAGGGGACUGUGCUGUGAAUGUAACUAUGAACAGCACUUGGCCAGUAGAGGGUAAAACCCAGACAAAGGGGGUGGCUGAUGUGUGGUGGAUCUGUGGGCCAAAUAGAAAACUAACCCCGAUUCUAAAGGGGGACUGGCAGGGCACGUGUGCAUUAGCUAGUUUGAUUGUACCACUGACCAUUAUUGAUGUUUCCUCAGACCAACUUUUGGGGAUCGCCCAGCUAGCCCCAGACAGAGAGAGAAUGAGGCGGGGGAGACGUAGUGCCCCAUGGUCAGCAGGAGAGGAGAUCCACUCUAACCUGUUGGGGGUGCCUGUGGGAGUACCAUUACAGUUCCAGGCACUCAACAGGAAUGAUGGGUUGUGGCAUUUGUUGCCAAUCAUAGGACCUGCUAUAGAUGCUGCUAAACAGCGAUCUUGGAUAAAUUACAUCUAUUAUAACCAACAGCGAUUUGUUAACUACACACGCACUGCCCUGACUGGAAUGUCCGAACAACUAGAGGCCACCUCUAGGGUGGCUAGGCAAAAUAGACUAGCACUUGACAUGUUGCUUGCUAACCAAGGGGGUGUGUGUAAGAUGUUUGGGGAACAAUGCUGUAAGUUUAUUCCUAACAAUACUAGCCCUGACGGGAGCAUCACAAAGGCCCUUGUUGGCCUGGAUAAGUUGUCAGCAGAAAUGAAGAGCAUGGCUGGAGUGGAGAGUGGUGGGCUGUUCUCCUGGUUAAGUGACUGGUUCGGUAAGUAUUAUUCUAUGGUAGUUACUGGAUUUCUGACCCUAGUGAUUGUGUUUUUGCUGUUAAUGUGUUGUGCUGCUUGCAUCAUCCCCUGUCUCAGGAAGUCAGUGGUAAGAGUGGUGCAGGCGUCAGGUAUGAUGCCGUUGUUACCGGCCCAGGAUGAUGCGGAUGACUCUGCUACUGACUCUGAGACCAAGCUGGAUGAUCCAUGGUUUGCCUAA